AUGACAGAAACUCAAAUGGAGCAAGCCAAAAAUGAAUACAUGGAAAAUUUAAAAAAACUUACGUCUGAUCGAGAUUCCAUAGAGAGGUCCACUACUUUACAAAGGGAUAGUAGCGAGUGGCUAGAGAUAAGGCAGAAGCUUAUAACAGCCUCUAACUUUGGCUCCAUAUGUAAGCGGAAGUUGUCAUCCAAUACAGCUCCUUUGGUUAAAAAUAUACUGUAUAAAAAUAAUUUGGCUCAUGUUGCAUCAAUAGUCCAUGGAGUAGAAAACGAACAUCAGGCGCUGCUGCAAUUACAGCGACAAGAGAACGUUAAUAUUUUGCCCUGUGGAUUAUUUAUUGACAAAUCUCACUGUUAUAUUGGGGUCACGCCUGACGGGUUGAUUGGGACUGAUACGAUUGUCGAAAUUAAGUGUCCAAUGACAGCAUCAAAACAAGGGUUGGUGAAAGCUAUAGAAGAAAAUAAAAUUCAAAUAAUAAAAUAUAAUAAAAAAACGAUGACCAAAACCAUUAAAAAAAUAGUAAUUGGUUCUACCAAAUCCAAGGACAACUUCAUAUCACAGGACGGCGUGUGUGUCUCCUUGGGAUCUGGGCAGGAGAGAAUGAGCCUAUACAUACACAGCGCAUUGAAAAAGAUGACGAAUUCUGGCAAAAAAAUAUGGAGCCAAAGC